AUGGGAAAGUCAUUGAAUUUGGGUCCAAAUCUGAAGUACCCAAUUACGGUUACCAAAUUUUUGAAGAAACAUGGCGACACCAUCUCGAAACAAGACUCGCUCUUCGAAUACAAAUUUAAAAGUAAGCAACUGGUUGGCGAUCCAUUCGGUGAGCAAUGGGAGGAAGAACAAACAUUAUAUGCAGAAUGGGACAGUCCAUCCGAAGGUACCAUCGACAAAUGGUUAGUCAAAGCAGGGAUGACAAUCGAGAGGGAUCAACCUGUUAUCGACAUUGAUGAAAGUUGCUCGCAUGCUGUCCAGUUUGCGGGACUUUGUGGAAUGUGCGGGAAGGACAUGACCGAGGUCUCUUGGGCCAGCAAUGCGCUCGAUAGCGACCGAGCUAAAAUCAAUAUGAUUCACGACCAAACACACCUCACAGUUAGUCAAGAUGAAGCAUCCAAGGCAGAAGAAGAAUUACAACGACGGUUACUCAAGAAUCGAAAACUAUCAUUGGUGGUGGAUCUGGAUCAGACCAUUAUCCAUGCUUGCAUUGAGCCUACCGUGGGAGAAUGGCAGCGCGACGUCAACUCGCCCAAUUACGAGGCCGUUAAAGAUGUGCGGUCAUUCCAACUCAAUGAUGAUGGUCCUCGCGGUCUCGCAUCCGGUUGUUGGUACUAUAUAAAAAUGCGCCCUGGACUGGCAGAGUUCCUGGCGAAAAUCUCCGAAAUGUACGAGCUUCAUGUUUAUACUAUGGGUACGCGAGCAUACGCACUAAAUAUCGCAAAGAUUGUCGACCCUGGAAAGAGAUUAUUUGGUGAUCGCAUCAUCAGUCGAGACGAGAAUGGAAAUGUUACAGCAAAAAGUCUAGCUAGACUGUUUCCUCAAAGUACUCAUAUGGUGGCAAUCAUUGAUGAUCGCGCAGACGUUUGGCCAAUGAAUCGUCCUAAUCUUAUCAAGGUCGUUCCUUAUGAUUUCUUCACUGGUAUCGGUGAUAUCAAUUCGAGUUUCCUACCAAAGAGAGAGGAGCUUCCCAAAGUUCUAACACCCAAGAAGAAACAUCAUUCAAAGUCAGAGACUAGCACACCCGAGGUGACCGUCGAAACGCCUACGGGCGAAGUCUCAAAACCUAUAGAACCCGAAGGAGAUGAUAUCACACCUGCUGGAGGAGCCAAGGAAGAACCCACAAUCGAGAAGAAGCCAAAUCUAAUCCUGAAACUCAACACGCUAGACGAUGAGGCCUCAUUAAAAGAACAAGCAGCAGAACAAGAGAAAUUUUUGGAGCAACAAUUACUGGAACGACCUCUACUUCAUAAACAAGAACAACUCGACGAAGCGGACAAGAAACAGGAAGAGGCAGAAAAGGAGGUCGAAGGCGGCAGCACCGUUGAACAUCAUACGCAUAGACACAGCGUGCUCAAAGACGAUGAUGCCGAAUUAAUUCAUCUUCGACAACAUCUUACUGAUUUGCAUAGAGCAUUCUAUGAUGAAUAUGAUAAAGCAUUGGUCAAUGUUCCAGGCGGACGAGUUGCACAAUUAAAACCUGGACAUUCAAGAAAGGUCAACAUCAAGAAUGAAGCAGCCGAUCUUAAAGUUGUGCCUAAUAUCGCAGUUGUGAUGCCACGUCUAAAGUCUCAAGUCUUAGAUGGCUGUGUCAUUGUCAUGUCGGGCUUAGUUCCUUUGGGGGUUGAUCUUAUGAGGCAAGUUGAUACCAUCUAUAAAUUCAUUUCACAAAAAAAAUCUGAGAUUGCUCAGCAAAUAGAAGGUUUCGGUGGCAAGAUUCACAAAAGGGUUUCAAAAAGAGUCACUCAUGUGGUUGCAUCUUCUCAGAGGACUCGUACACAAAAAGUCCGAGAAGCAGCGAAAUAUCCUCACAUAAAGAUAGUCACACAACAAUGGCUUACACAAUCCUUCAGCAAGUGGAAGAAAGAUGAUGAAUCAGAGUACUUGGUCGAGAUCAACCCAGCGGAUAGAAGAAAAAGUGGUGAUCUGUCUAAUGAUCCACCUCCUGGUGAUGACAGCGAAGAAUCUUCGGACUACACGGAGAGUGAUGAUUAUGAAGAUGAUGAAUUGAGAGGCCAAAGGCAGGAAUCCGAGUUAGACGGAGCAGGGGUCAUACCAGAUGAUUUGGAAGCUGGCAUUUCUCCUAUCGAGAGACUUCGUGAAGCCGAUUGGAGUAGUAUGGAUGACGAAUUAGCUGAUUUCCUGGGUGACGACAAUGAUUCAGGCACAGAAAGCGACACAAGCUUGACCAGUCGGGCUUCUCGGACCAGUUCAAGAAGAGGACACAAGCGAAGAUUGGACGAUGCUACAGACGACGAUGACAGUGAAGAAGAAAGCACCAUGGUGAAAAAGCAACGAAUAGCCAAUUCGAGGACAACAAGUUUAAAAUCGGUCAAGAUACCCGUUGGUGCUUCGGAAUCAAGUCUUCUUACACCAGGUGUAACAGGUGAUGAGAAUGAUGAGAUAGACCAAUUGGCGGCGCAAGUGAGCGAUCAUAGUUUUGAGGAUGAGUUGGAGGCGGAGAUGCAGGCGGAGAUGGAAGCUGCGCUUGAACAGGAGCUGGCGGAUGCAGCAGCAUCUGGUGCUGGUUGA